UACACUUGACCACAGCCUAAUUGUUGUGAUAAACUUAUUAAAUAGAUUGUUAGAACUAUGCCGCCGCGCGGAGGAGGAUAUUCCAGAGGAAAUUAUUAUCGUGGAAAAUCUAGAGGAAGCCAUCACUAUUCUGCAGAAAAUGAUGACUAUGGUGGAUACCGGCCCAACUUUAGCCGUGGAUCACAUGGAAUUUCUAAGAGAGGGUCAUUCAACCAAAAUAACAGAUCUAGAGGGAGUCGACAUGGUGGCUCUUUCAGCACCAACCGACAAAUGAAGCCUUUGGGCUACGCUAUAAAGAUAAUGUUUGCUCACAAAGAAGACCAAAUGGAACUUAUGCAGUCUCUUGAACAAAAAACCGGAAUGAGCCUCAAUGCCGAAAAUAUCACUGUCAACGAUAAUAAUAUUGAGUUUGUGGUGACAUCUGAGCAAGUUGCUUUUAAACUUGAAAAACUUUCGGGGAGUUUGAAGAACUCAGAUGGAAGAAAGAUGGCCAUACUGAAAAGGGCAUGGUACGGAGACAGAAGUUUAUCGGCUGCUGAUGAAGACAAAUUAAAGGAUCUUCUGAAUAAGUUUUACAUUCCGGAUCAAAAGUACCUGGACCUGUCCAACUUCUUGGAGAAGCAAGAAUCUUCGGGAGCAGGGCUGAAGAAGUUUUUUAUCGGACAGAAAUUCAUAGCUACUUCAGUGUGCAAACUCAUAGCAGCUUAUAUUCCUCAACUUGAAAUUUUGGACCUCAGUAACAAUGCUUUGUUCAACAUGUUUCCAUACAGUGAACUACCAAACAAAUCACCCCGUCUUUCAAAGUUAAAUCUGUCUCAUAACCGGAUGACCGAUAUUAGUAACCUGGACCCAGUGAAGAAACUGAAGCUGACAGAGUUGAUUCUGGACGGGAACCCGCUUUGCCUUCACUACAAAGACCAGUCUACAUACGUCAAAGACGUACAUAAAAGGUUUCCGAAUGUGCAAAUGCUGGAUGGACAUGCAGUGAAAGCGGCCAUUGCUUUUGACUUAGACGCUCCUGUUGAAAAAUCUUUACCUCCUUUUGCGGGCAAUGUGGUCCAUGCGGAGAAUGUGAAGAGUGUGAUCUAUUGCUUCGCGCAACAGUACUUCGAAGUAUACGACAAAGAAAACAGAGGAAAUUUUUUAAUAGAAGCUUACGAUACAGAUGCUACUCUCUCGUUGACGAUGUUUUUUCCGGAUACAGGGAGCAGAUCCAAGUUCAAGAUCAACUCCAUGUUCAAGCACACCCGCAACCUCACUAAGAGUAUGGACAGCAAUCAACUGGAAAAGUGUCUGUACAAGGGCAGGUUCAAGAUUCUAAGCUUGCUGAGUGAGAUUCCUGACUCUGAACACGACCUCACCUCUUUCACCAUUGACAUGAUGCUCGAAACGGAGUUACUGGUGGUGUUUGUGGUGAGUGGCAUUCUGAGAGACAAGGGCAGCACAGACGUCUACCAUUUCAGCCGCACAUUCAGCUGCAAACCACACAGUGGCGGACUGCAGAUAGUGAAUGAGAUCAUCCACUUUCGGCCGGCAAUGGAGAUGGAGCGGAGGAAGGCGUUCGCCAAUCCAGGCCCCACCCCCUCCAACAGUCCCGCUGUCAUGGCCCAGACUCAUCUGCAAGCCCAGGUGGCUGCUGCUGUUACUGCUGCUGCCAACCCCACACCUGCUGUAAUAUUGACCGAUGCGCAGAAAGAGGAGCUAGUGAAGAAGUUCAGUGCCGAAUCUGGUCUGAAUUUGAAGUGGUCUCUCGACUGUCUCCAGGCCAAUCACUUCCAUUACGAAACAGCUGCCAUCGACUACCAGAGAGCAAAGAAUGCUGGCGACAUUCCUGCAGAUGCUUACCUAGUAGUGCAGUAAGAGCUGAAAACAGAAGAAGACAGAAGUACUUUUUAUACAGUUGUCGUGGGUUCUCUCCAAGAUUCAGUUGUGUGGACACAUAUCUAACACCAUUCGACAAUUCUUAUCUCAUUGAUACCAAAAACUACCCGAUAAACUGUCUGUGUUUUCAACUUCUUGUGCAUAAUGUGAAAAGAGACUUAGAUUUUUUGAACUAAAAUGGCGCUCAACCAUAUUUUUGAUCAAUUUGUUUAUUUUGAUUUACUUUGUUAUUCUUGUGAAGUUGUACGGGGCUUUUUUUUAGCGCGGCAACCAAAU